AGAGCAGCUCCUGCGGCAGCAUGGGGACCUCCAGGAGCGGGCAGUUGGCACCCCGGCUCACGCUGUGCUGUGCUGUGUGGGUUCUGUGCUGGGCAGCGCCAGACUACGAUGAUUACUCUCAGAACAGCACCAGCGAGCAGAUAACGACAGCAGAGAUCACACCGUGCCCCCGAGCCAUCCCUGGGGAAAAGGCAACUAUAGACAACGUGACAUACCUGCUGCUGCACGAGGCCGCUCGCUCCCAGCUGAGCAGUGGGGUCACAGUGCUGCUCAUCCCCUCCCUCUACAGCCUCGUCUUCCUGCUGGGGCUGCCCUCCAACGGCCUGGCCCUCUGGGUUCUGGCUACCAGGACUGAGAAGCUGACCUCCACCAUCUUCCUGAUGAACCUGGCUGCAGCAGACCUGCUGCUCAUCUCAGUGCUGCCCCUCAAGAUAUUCUACUAUUUCCUUGGGAACAACUGGCCCUUUGGGGAAGGUCUGUGCCGGGUCACCACAGCUUUCUUCUAUGGGAACAUGUACUGCUCAGUGCUGCUGCUCACCUGCAUCAGUGUGGACCGAUACCUGGCGGUGGUGCAUCCUUUCUUCUCGCGCUCUUUCCGUACCCCCACCUUUGCUGCCUGGACCUGUGCUGCUGUCUGGCUCUGUGCUGCCGGCAUCACUCUGCCCCUGACUCUGCAGCAGCAGUCGUACCCCCUGUACAGAGCAGACAUCACUCUGUGCCACGAUGUUCUCCCUAGGCAGGAGGACGACGGGUAUUACUUCUACUACUUCGUCUGCCUCAUCGCCUGCGCUUUCCUUGCUCCUCUGGCAGUGAUGCUGUUCAGUUACUGCUCAGUGCUACAAGCCCUCCUGGGCAGUGGGAAGCGGUACUUCCACUCCAUGAAGCUCACAGCUCUUGUGCUGGUCAUGCUCACGGCCUUCUACACCCCCAGCAACGUUCUCCUCCUCGUUCAUUACUCCAGCUAUCAGUGCAAGCUGUCCGGCAGCUUGUACAUCAGCUACAUGGUGAGCCUGGCCGUCAGCACCUGUAACAGCUGCGCCGACCCCUUUCUCUACUACUACAUAUCAGAAGAUUUCCGGGAGAAGGUGAGGAGCACAUUCUUCAACCGCAGCAAAACCCCCUCCUUACGGACCUCCAAAGAAACACUCCCUCAGAAAAGCUCCAAGGAGUCACUGGUGUAGGUCUCCAUCCCAGCUCCCCGCCCCCGAGGCGCUCCCAGCACACUGUGGGGAUAGGACAGAGCAACUUCACAAGUUUCACCCAGAGCAAUGAGGAGCGGCUCCCAGCGGAUGAGUCCCAGGAAGGAAGAACCACAUCCUCUGUCUGCACAGCUUGGACCGAAUCAACCCAGGCCACUGCAUUCCUUAAGGAUGUUGAGUCCCAGAUAAGAUGUGGAGUGCUGAACGCAUAUAGAGCUGUGACUGGGACACCGCAUGCAACUUCUCACCUGGUUACACACUGCCAGGGCUGCUUUUGUUAGUGCACCCAGGUCUGCUUUUAAUGCAUGCUGUGAGCUGGCUGCUAUCUGCCUUCUAUUCAUUUUUCUGCUACUGGCUUCCUUGCUGUCCUUGAACACACGUUCCUUUACCUAAAACCGAAAAAGAACAGGCACUUGCAUAACCAAAUUUCUAAACAUUUCAAAACUAUCAGGAGGUACUUACAUAAAAGGCACUCAUUACUGAACUAAAAUACUCUGUCCAGAGAACGCAGAGCUUUUCCAGCUAUUACAUUCUUGGCUUAACCAAGAAUCACCACCACAGUAAAGGCAGCCCACUGUCAUAAGCAUAAAAACCCAAUUCCUUCACCCCUGUCGAUGCUAACGACCUCUGCUACCCAAAACUUCUUAGGGACAAGACUGUAUUCUGUCUCUUGAAGGGAAAUAUUAAAGAAGGAACUGAGGAAACACUCAGGACACUUUUUUUUUUUUGCUUCAUGUCACACAACCAAGAGCUUUCCUUUACGGAACAGGCGAUCACUCAUUGCUCAACCCUGCAGUAUGCUGCAAACUACUCAAAACACAGCUCAGCUCUGGGCACAUCCCAACAAGGAGCAAGGCAGAAAAUGGGCAGCAAACUUCCUUAGAGUUCCUGAAUUCUGUGGUUCUAUUGGUGCAGCCACGACUGCGAUCUACAGCCAAACAGUCUCACAGCCUACAAUGCGAAUAAAGAGACAAAAGAUCGUUUUAAAAAUCAGUUUUUAAUAAAAUAUUUACCAGAAUCUAAAAAACAAA